AUGACACUUAUUGAUUAUGGAAUCUGCAGUAACACCACUGUCAGUGCAUACGUUAGAAAUUCGGAGGUACUGACAUUGAAUAUCAAGAUACCAUGCAGGAGUACAGGUUUUUACAUUGAAGUGAAACCUCAGGAUACAGUCCAGAAUGUCAAGGCUCUGAUUGAGGAUUCCGAAGACCUCAGCUCAGAUGAUUACAGUCUGGUUUGUGGUGGGAAGCUGCUGGAGGAGGAGAAGACUGUAGCGUUUCUGGGCAUUACUGAUGGAUCAACGCUUUACGUGGUGUUAAAUCCUAGAGAUGUGUUGCAGGUUUCAGUGAAGAUGUUGAGUGGAGAAACUGUGAAAAUACAGGCUAGGGUGUUGUACACAAUACUGGAUGUAAGAAGUUUGGUUGAGAGCAUAGUUGGUUAUUCAGUGGGGGUUCUCCGCUAUGGUGGAAAGAAGCUCAAGGAUUCAAAGACUCUGUUGUAUUAUGAUAUCAAAGAUGAAUCCAUCUUAGAGGGAAAGAUUUGUUCAAAGUUGGUGGUGCUGAAGCAUCGUGUCAGGGGAGCUCUAAACCCAUGGGUCAACCAACAACACGAAGAGGAAGAUGAAAAGAUAAACAUAUGCGUGAAGAUGAUUGAAACUCUGAGUUUACAGAUUAGUAAAUUCGAAACUGUUGGAGAACUCAAAGCCUUAGUGUACGAACAGGAGGGAAUACCAGAGCUUCAUCAGGAGCUGUUUUUCAAGGGCAAUCAUCUCAGGAAUGACAAGACGAGGCUUUUUUAUUAUGGAAUCCGCAGUAACACCACUGUGAGUGCCUACGUUGGAAAUUCGAAUGUGCUGUCGUUGAUUAUCGAGAUACCAUCCAGGGAGAAAGUCGUCCGUGUUGAAGGGAAACCAGAGGAUACGGUCCAGAAUAUCAAAGCUCUGAUAGACGACUCGGAAAACAUGGGGUCAGAUGAGUACAGUCUGGUUUAUGGUGGGAAGAUGCUGGAAGAGGAGAAGACCUUAGCGCUUCUGGGCAUCACUAAUCGAUCGAGGCUUUACGUGGUGUUUAAUCCGAAAGAUGUGAUUCAGGUUUCAGUGAAGAUGUUGAAUGGGGAAACUGUGAAAACACAGGUGAGGUUGUUGCACACAAUACUCGAUGUUAGGAGUUUCGUUGAGAGCGUAGUUGUUAAUUCGGUAGUGGGGGCUCUGAGUUAUGGCGGAAAGAAGCUCGAUGAUUCAAAGACUGUGUCGUAUUAUAAUAUCGAGGAUGGAUCCGUCUUAGAGGAGCUUCCUAGGUUCGAUUAG